AUGUGCCAUGGUAUGAUAACAAUAAUUUAUUUAGUGAUUGUGGUGGGAAUUAGUAAUUUAAUUUCGUUUAAGACUUUGAAUAUUGUUAAUGGGUUUAAAGUAAUAAAUAAUUAUGACCCCAAAAUAUUAUUUUUAAGGUCAAACGAUUAUAGGAAAAGGGGUAAGGAAUAUGAUAAUAUAAAUGGCAAAAAUAGAAAUGGCAAAAAUAGAAAUGGCAAAAAUAGAAAUGGCAAAAAUAGAAAUGAUAAAAAUAGAAAUAUAAAAAUAAAUUGUGCAAAGCAAAAUUUGUAUGAUUUUAAGUUAAUAGAAAAAAAAUGGCAAAUUAUAUGGAAUUGCAAACAAUUGUUGGAUAGAGAUUUUAAAAGAUUUAACAAAUUGGUGGAAAAAAGAGACGAUCAAAAAUUGGUGGAAAAUUGUGAAGAAAACAAGUAUGGCACCAACAAUAAAACUGGUAAAAAUGGUAAAAAUGGUAAAACUGGUAAAACUGGUAAAACUGGUAAAAAUGAUAAAAAUGAUAAAAAUGAUAAAAAUGGUAAAAAUGGUAAAAAUAGCGAGUGUGAUAUGAAAGAUAAAUAUUAUAUACUCGAUAUGUUUCCAUACCCAUCAUCGUCGGGGUUGCAUGUAGGGCAUAUCCUAUGUUUUACAAUAACAGACAUUAUAAGCAAAUUUAAAAGAAUGAACCAAUAUUGUGUUUUUCACCCAAUCGGAUGGGAUAGUUUUGGGUUACCUUGCGAUAGAUUAUCUAUGAAAUUAAAAGUUGAUCCUAGAAAAAUUAUAAAAAAAAAUAUCUCAAAUUUUAAAAAUCAAUUAACAAAAUUAGGGUUUUUAUUUAACUGGGAAAAUGAAAUAAAUACUUGUGAAAAAAAAUAUUUUAAAUGGACACAAUGGAUAAUUAUACAAAUGUUUUUAAAUAAUUUGGCUUAUAAAAAAAGAUCUUAUGUUAAUUGGUCUGAUGAUCUUAAUUGUGUUAUAUCAAAUGAUGAAUUAAGAAAUGAAAUAAAUUUAAAAAAUUUAAAAAUAAAAAAAAUAAAAUUAUUACAAUGGUAUUUAAAAAUUACAAAAUAUGCAAAGAGAUUAGUUAAAGAUUUAAAAUUAAUUAAUUGGCCAGACAAAAUAAAAAAUAUGCAAAAUAAUUGGAUAGGUAUAAAAUCAGGAAUUGUUAUAAGAGCAAAAAUUAUGGAUGUUAAAUAUUUAAUAAAUUAUAAUUCCAAUUUUAUAAAAAAAAUAAAAAUACCUCAUAUAUAUUACAAUAGUGUGUAUAAUAAUUAUUUCCUUAUUCUUAUAAAUCGUGUUUAUAGUUUUAUGUUAGGAUAUAAAAAAUUAUAUGACUUUUUUUUAUUUGAAAAUGAAGAUAUAAUUAGUAGUUUGAAAGGAAGUGUUAUAGAGUUGUGUAACAAAAUAGGGGUUGUUAGCUCCUGUGAAAAUAAUGAAAAAAUAAAUAUGUCAAAAAUUUUAGCAAACCAUGAUAAUAUUUUUUGGGAAUUUAAAAAAAAAAACGAAAAAUCAGAUAUAGACAAAUUAAAUGAUAAUUAUGUAAAUAUAUUUUUAACAAAAAAAGAUAGUAUAUUAGAAAAUGAUAAAAUAUUUAUAAGUGUUGAACAUCCUGAUAUUAGUAAAAUUAUUAACGGCAAUAAAUUUUUAGAAAAUAUAAUUAAUGAAAAAAUUUUACAAGAUGAUAUGACCAGAUUAAAAGAUGAUCAAAUUUAUUUUUCAGGAUCAGUUGUUUAUAAUCCAAUUAUUAAUAAGUACAUACCCAUAUAUAUAUGUUCUUGGAUUUUGGAAAAUCAUAAAAAUAUUCUUUUUUUUUUGGAAAAAGAAAAAACUGAACAAACAGAAAGAAAUAAGAAAAAUGACCUAAUAUAUGAUCUUAUAGCUAAUUCAAAAUUUAGUAAAAAAAAAUAUAUUUACAACUUGAAGGAUUGGCUAUUUUCUAGACAGCGAUAUUGGGGUGAGCCUUUUCCAUUUAUGUACAAAAGUGAGGAGAAAAACGGAAAGGAAUAUUUUUAUAUGGGCGAAAAAAAAAAAAAUAAUAAUAAUGAUAAUGAUGAAAAUAAUAAUAAUGAUAAUGAUGAAAAUAAUGAUAAUGAAAAUAAUAAUGAUGAUAAUGAAAAUAACAAAGUUGAAAUUAAAAAGGUAAAAAAUAAAUCAGAAAAUGAUGUAUAUAUAAAUAAAAUUCCCGUUUGUCUCCCCAAGUUUGAUAAGAGCAUAUAUGAUGUAAACAAAAGUGAAGGAGUAACAAAUUGUGAAAAUAACACUGGACAUUCAAUUCUAUCUAAAUUUAAAAAUUGGAUAUAUUUAAAAAAUGAAAAAAAUAAUAUUCAAUAUAAAAGAGAAUGUGAUAUAAUGCCACAAUGGGCAGGAUCUAGUUGGUAUUAUUUACGUUAUAUUGAUCCAAAAAAUAAAAAUAAAAUAUUUAAUAAAAAAAAAACCAAUUUUUGGCUACCUGUAGAUUUGUAUGUAGGGGGAAGUGAACAUGCAGUACUACAUUUAUUAUACUCUCGAUUUUUUCAUAAAUUUUUAUAUGAUCUUAAAUUAAUAAAUCAUAAAGAACCAUUUAAAAAAUUGUUUAAUCAAGGCUUACUGUUAAAUGCUGCAUCAUUUUAUUUAUACACUGAUUUUAAAAAUAGGCUAAUAAGUUUUGAGAAUGUUGGAAAGUUAUUAAAUGGGGAAAGAAAAGUUGAAAAAAUGGGAAAGACGGAAAAAAUGGACGAAGCGGAAAAAACGGACGAAGCGGAAAAAACGGACGAAGCAGAAAGUGGAAAGGAACAAGAUGAAAUAGUGAAAGAACUGAUUGAUGGAAAAAGUUAUAAAAUCGAAGGAGAUAUAGUAAGGAAAUAUUUAAUUGAUGAUAAAUAUGUUGUUGAAAAGGAAAAUAAAUAUUUCAUAAAAAAUUUAAAUUCAAUACAAGUACAACCAAUUUAUGAAAAAAUGUCAAAAUCACGAGGAAAUAUAAUUAAUCCAGAUGAUAUAGUAAAAAAAUAUGGAGCUGAUUGUUUGAGGUUACAUAUUUUAUUUCUUGGUCCGAUAGAUCAAAAUAAAAAAUGGUCAAUCAAAGGAAUUAAUGGAACAUUCAAAUUUUUAAGUAAAUUAUAUAGUUUGUUUAUUAAAAGAAAAGAGGAAUGUAAUUAUUCAGAAGAAGACAGAAAUAAUAUAAAGAGUGAAGAGGGUUAUAAAUUAAUUUGUAAAAAUUGUAUAGAAAGAGAAAAAGACAAAAAAUUAAUUUUAAAAUUUGUGAAAAAGAGGAUAAAUGGAACAAAAAAGGGGGUAAAUAAAAUGAUAAAAAUAAUAAGAAAAAGGGAAGAUAAUAAUAUGGUAUUAUCUAACAUUAUUAAAAAAAAAAAAUCAGAUGAAAUCGAAAAAGAAAAAAAAAUAAUUACAAAUUAUUAUAUUACACAAAUAACAAACUGUAUAGAAAAUAAUCGAUUAAAUACAGCUGUUUCAUUUUUUAUGAAAUUUUAUAAUGAUAUAAAAACAUGGGAUUAUAUACCAUUAAAGGUUUUUUUAAUUUUUAUAAAAUUGUUAUAUCCAUUUUGUCCACAUAUAAGUGAAGAGUUUUGGCAUUGUUAUUUAAAAAAAUAUAAAGGAAAAGAAAAAGUAGCAAAAGUAGCAAAACAAAUAUGUUAUUUUUGCAACCCGCGUUCUUUGUUAUAUUAUGCAAAGUGGCCUUCUUUAUUUCAAAUAAAAAAUAAUGAAAAAUCUGCAAAUAUUUCAAUACGAAUAAACAACAAGCAUAUUGCAUUUAUUAAAAAUAAUAAUGAAAGCUCGGAACAAAACAUAAUAGAGCAAUCAACAAAUAUGAUAAAAGAUUCCAUAGAUAAAGAAAUAAAAAAGGGGAAAAAAAUUAUUAAUAUUAUAAACGUUCCUGAUAAGUUAAUAAAUUUUGUGAUAGUAUGA